CGUGUGCCUCUCGCGCCCCCCUGAGUCUUUCAGAGGAACGAGCCUCCUCCUGAUUGGCUGCGCGGUUGUCAGGACUGUUUACAGGAAACAUGGCUUCCCGGUCAGUUGGAGAGCUUCAAGAAAUGGAAGUGGACCGAAGAGGUGAGUCCGAGGAGUCUGGUGAUGAUGAGACCAGGAGGAAGAGUAUCAAUGGCGAUGUCGAUCCCAACCAGCCCACUUCCACAAGUAAAGAAGAGUCCCCUGUUGACAUGGACACCAUCACUUUGGAUCCAGACGAAGAGGAUGUUGAUCUUGUUCAUUGUCGUAUUGGAAAAAUUGAAGGAUUGGAGGUGUUACAGAAGGCAAAAACACUCUCCUUAAGGCAGAAUCUCAUCAAAAAGAUUGAAAACCUUGAGAGUUUGGGCUCACUGCACGAACUAGAUCUUUAUGACAAUCAGAUCCGCAAACUGGAGAACCUUCAACACCUCACAGAAAUGGAGCAGCUUGAUGUGUCUUUCAACAUCUUGAGGAAGGUGGAGGGGUUGGAGCAGAUGACUAGGGUGAAGAAACUUUUUCUGCUUCACAACAAAAUAGGCAGCAUUGCCAACCUGGAACACUUGACGUGCCUGGAGAUGCUGGAGCUGGGCUCAAAUCGCAUUAGGGUCAUAGAAAACCUGGAUACACUCUCUUCUUUGCAAAGUUUGUUUCUUGGAACCAAUAAAAUAACAAAGCUUCAGAAUCUGGACGGUUUACACAAUCUUACGGUUUUAAGCAUUCAGAGUAACCGUAUUACCAAAAUUGAGGGUCUACAGAACCUUGUCAGCUUGAGAGAACUCUAUCUGAGCCACAAUGGCAUUGAGGUCAUCGAGGGAUUGGAAAACAACAAAAAACUUACAACCCUGGACAUCGCAGCCAAUCGAGUAAAGAAAAUUGAAAAUAUCAACCAUCUGACAGACCUGCAGGAGUUUUGGAUGAACGAUAAUCAGAUAGAUAACUGGUCGGACCUUGACGAGUUGAAGAAUGCCAAGUCCCUUGAGACGGUCUACCUUGAAAGAAACCCUCUACAGAAGGAUCCACAGUACCGGCGAAAGAUAAUGCUGGCGCUGCCCACCGUACGCCAGAUCGACGCCACCUUCAUCCGCUUCUAAGCUACAGUGAACCGUUCAGCUGCCAAAUUCAGUGUUUGCCCCUCACCACCCUGCCUGCCCUCCUUAAAUACAAAGUUCAUUUUAAAAAUCCUCAGCUUCACUGAAUCAUAUAGUCAGUCUUUAAACACACACACAUUCCAUCACCAAACUUCCCCUUGGCUCACUGAACAUACAUGUAUGCAUGUAUGCACUACUUCACACCUCAAUCUAUGCUAUUGUGUGAAAGCUUAUUUAUUAAUUAAGCUGAGUAUAAACUGUGAAAAGGAAUUCAUACAGUGACAUUUGCCAAUUUACUCUUUUUAUUUUUUCAUUGAUUUUGCAUGUGGGAUACAAAACAGAUCUGUCUUCUUUUCUCAAUCACUCAGUGCCCAUCAGGAAAAAUAGAAGUCUUAUUUAGCUUGUUGUUGAGGUUGCACUGCUAUCAGAUGUGAGGAAGACUUGCAUUCUGUGGAUUUUUGUAUUUAACCCUUUUGAUCACACAUGAUGACACUGUUCUUAUUAACAUUAAGACAGGUCCACGAACACAAUCUAAUUUACAUAUUUAAACUUUUUAAAUCAUUUUCUUCUUAUUUGGUUCCAACAAGCUUCGUAAACUUCCUGAAUGGGCUGUUAAACUUUCAAAGAAACAUUUACAAUUAUGGUGAAAAUGCAGCACUGAUGUAAUACAGAUUUCAGUCAGUUCUAUAUACGUAGUGGCACAUGGUUCAUCUUAAGCAAAAAUGAAAUGAAACUUAAAACUAUAAAUAAUGAUAAACUGAAUUUUAUCAUCAAGGGAAAAUGUUGAUGUCCAGCAGCCUUGUAUGUUCCUUUUCCUGAUAUUACAUGUAUCCAUUUCCCACUUUGUGGUUAAUAUGAGUGACCUCUGCAGUAAAAUCAAGUUCAUGAGAACACAAAACUCAGUAAAUGUAGCCAUGAGAAUGGUUCAGUUAUGAGUGGUGUCUUCCCACCCUCCCUCAUUUUUGUUUUAUUUAACCCAUCAACACAUCACUGAUUACAGGUUUUCUUUUGACUUUGUGACUUUGUGUGUUCAUCAAUGUAAAUUCACCUGAUAACAUAAAAUGUAGAUUGUUUUUGAAGUUGAAUUCACAUACUAGCGGCUGGACUGGUUUCAAAUAAGUGGUGUUAAUUAAUGUAAGAUAAUUCACAUCAGACUGUUGACAUUGACCGUUUCAAAAAACAUUUCGAGGUUCCAAAUUUUAGGAUGUUUGUAGGCACAGAUAAUCUAAUUCGGCCAUCAGUAUCGCAUCAAAAUAGACACUUCUGUUAAUCUAAGAAAAUUGACAUCGUUUUUCUUAUGGCCCCAUGUAUAUAAUACUUGUGUGCACUUGCUUUACUCCCCUACAAUUUAAAAGUGAUGCAGCUUUUGUAUAGAAAUAAAUUCCCACCUCAGGGUUCCAAGGUCACACAUGGAUGUGGUUCAGAUGCAUCAGAUCUCUGUGCAUUUCUUGGUUUACAUGCUGAAGGCUUAACUAAGUGCUUUCUGUGUAAUAUAAGAUACUGAUCAUCAUCAUCAUCUAAUAGGAAGGGAGAAACAUUACAAUAUAGUGAUUUGUGUUGUAGCUCAGAAUAAGCUCUUUUUGGAAGGAAGUUAACUUUAAAGCUUACAACUUUUAAACCCAAUCGUUCGUGGUAAUUGAUCAUAACUCAACUCUACAGGAUCUAUGAGCUCAUAUGAGACUAUCAACAACAGUGAAGGACAUUGUGCAUUGUUGAUAUGAAUGUAAUGUUAUUUUAUUUUCAUCUUAAAGAUAAGUUUACAACUGGCCAGUGGGAUUGCUAGCAUCACUUUUGUAUUUUGUAAAUAUAGUUUGGACAUAUGAUGUAGAGAGUCAGUGCCAUCAAUCACCUCCCCUUUGUAAAGUGAAAUCAAUUCAAUUCAAUUGUUUUCUAUUUUUUUGCUAGGCAGCAUUACAGAUUUGUGUGAAAUACCAUAAUUAAGAUACCCCGACCUUAACUGGUUGCUGACUGCGCAAUUAUUAAAUUGCUAGUAGUUCAUUGUUAUUAGAACUGAUUCUUCAGGUUUUGGACUUGGUUGAAACUGUUUUCAAACUGAAUGUAUUAUGCAAAUAACAAUAAAAUGACACUACUACAUGAGAA